GGUCAAUCCUAACAAACAUCCGAGACCUACCUACGGUUAGCUACACCGACGGAUCUUUUAAUUGCUUUUACCAAAUCCUAGCCAAAAUAGCCAGUAAACCAGGGAAGUGGAGAUGGCCGGCGACGAGCUUGUGGCGGCGGAGCCCGCGGAGUGUAGCAGGUGGGUGCUGAUGUGUCUACUGGCCGUCGUCGGUUCGACUCUUUUCGUCGUCGGCACCGGCAUGUUUGCCUACGUCGAGCAUGUUGAGCAGCUUCCCGACCUCAGCUGGUUUCCGUCGCCUCACGUCGCGUUCUUCAUCUCCGGAACUCACGCGUAUAAAGCGGUCGCCUGCACCACACGAGGCGCCGCAGCUCGCCGGGCCGUCGACCGCCUCCACUAUGACCGUCGGCCGCUGCAGGGACAUUGGCUGCAGCGGAGCGCUCGAGCUUCGCACAACCCCGGCCUCCUCCAUGCAGUUCCCAAUCAUCACUGACGCCUCCAGUUGCAAUUGUGAUGACGAUGAAUGACAGGGAUGUUGCUGCGACAUGCGUUGGCAACGGCGGGCGGCGUUUCCGCAUCAUCAUCACCAUUGCAAUUUUUACGCAACAUCACCUGUGUUGCAAAAGUUUGUUCCACAACAUCAUCUAUGUUGUAAAAAGA